UUGCUCCCUUAUUUCUUUUUUGUAUUUUUUUGAUCCCUUGUAUGCUGAUAUCCUUUGUCUAUUGUAAACAGAUUCCCUGUAUCUUGUUCAAUUGUAUCCAACUGAUCCUUUGUGUAUUGUGACCCAGCCCUUGAGUCUACCUUACUUUAUAUUGUUGAAUAUUUUGUAAAAUAUAUAACCAUGACAACUUUCUAACUAGUCUAGUUCUUUUAUUUAACUAUCAAUCUAUUUAACUAUCUAUCUAUCCCAAUUAUCUGUAAAAUAUUGUGAAGCUACUUAUCAUUAAAUGGUAUACAUUUUGAAAGGUAACUUUAGAACAGAGGAGGGGGGAAUCUAACCUCAGUUGCCAUGGUUCUCCUACCUUUCCCCCCCCCCCUAUCCUCACAACCAGACACAACUAGUUCACUCUAACUAAUCAUCCAUAUACACACUGUGUGUUUUUUUAAACCCAGUACCAUUGUACAGCAAAUUUAUAUACUGUAUAAAUAGUUCGUAAAUAUAAUGUACGGGAGUGAAAGUGAAGAAGAAACUAUCCACGAGGAUAUAUUAGAACAAUUUGUUCUUCUAGAACAUCCAAAUCAAGGAUUGAUGAAGAAUGCAUCCAACUCUAAAUCUUUGGAUGCAGAAAGUACCAUCAAAAGUAAAAUAAAAUCAAAAUUUGAUACAGAGAAGGAAGAAUUAUUAGAUUUUUCCUUGGAUAGCCUCAAUACUGGAGAUAAUAUCGUUUUUAAUUCAUCUCAUGCAAGAAAUAUUCAUGAAACUGAUAAUGAUGUUACUGAGGUUGAUUUCACAGAUAUAUUUAAACUCUCAAAGUCCGAAGAAGAAGAACGCUCUGAAAUUCCUUCUGUAUUUCAUCUACCAGGAAGAUAUUUACUCUCUGCAAGUUCCAUGUUGGAGCCGGAGUCAACAGACUCUUUAUUGUCAGAUACCGAACCUAAAUCAAAAGAUUUUCUAGAAGGAGAAAAUGGAAAAGAUAUUUUUGAUAUGACAAAUUUUUCUGACUUUAAAUUAGAAAGUAACUGGCUCUCUAAAUAUUGCCAAAAAAAUGGGAUUGAUGCGAAUUCACAAGAGCUUUGGGACGAGGAAGAAAAUUGUGAGCAAUUUAAAACUGGCUCAGCUUUCUGUCUACCAUUGAUUUCUACGAAAAAAGAGAUUCUUGAUUCUGCUACGACUUUUACCAAGGAUAAAAUGAAUAAAUUUGAUUUUCCAUCUGAAGCGAUAAGCUCCACUGUUAAAAGCAUAAAACAUCAAGAUGAGCUUGAUCUGGAAGAAUCCGAAUUUUCAAUAGAAGAAGUAGAUAUUGUUGAUGACACCAAUAAUUCUGUUCAAGAAACAGAAAUCUCGGAUGGCUUAGAUAAAGCUAAGGUUGAACAAGAUAAAAAUCCAAUAGAUGAAGACGAUAAACCUUCAGUAGAUGAAAUUAAAUCAAUAAAUGAAGAUGAUAAACCUUCAGUAGUUGAAGAUAAAUCAAUAAAUGAAGACAAUGAACCUCCAGGAGACGAAUCUAAAACAAUGAAUGAAGACAAUAAAUCUCUAGUAGUUGAAGAUAAAUCAAUAAAUGAAGACUAUAAACCUCCAGUAGACGAAACAAAACCAAAAAAUGAAGACGCUAAAUCUGCAGUACAUGAAGAUAAACCAAUAAAUGAAGACGACAAACCUCCAGUAGAUGAAGAUAAACCAAUAAAUGAAGAAAAUAAACCUGCAGUAGACGAAACAAAACCAAUGAAUGAAGAAGCUGAAUCUCAAGUAGAUGAAGAUAAACCAAUAAAUGAAGACGACAAACCUCCAGUAGAUGAAGAUAAACCAAUAAAUGAAGACGAAAAACCUCCAGCAGAUGAAGAUAAACCAAGAAAUCAAGACAUAAAACCUCCAGUAAAUGAAGAUAAACCAAUGAUUGAAGACAAUAAACUUCUUGUAGAUGUUGUAGGAGAUGUUGCUGAACCUCUAAUUGAUCUUGUUUCAGUUUUUGAACCUCUGUUGGGAGAUGAUAAAUCUCUUUUUGCAGAUUCUGAACCUUUAGUUUAUGAAAGUAAAUCUCUGGUUGAAGAAACCGAACCUCUAGAUAUAGAUUCUAAACCUCUAGCUGGAGAUUAUAAACCUCUAGUUGAAGAUGCUGAACCUAUACUUGAAGAUUAUAAACCUCUAGUUGAAGAUGCUGAACCUCUAGUUGAAGAUACUAAACCUCUAGCUGAAGAUUAUAAACCUCUAGUUGAAGAUGCUGAACUUAUAGUUGAAGAUACUGAACCUGUAGUUGAAGAUACUGAACCUGUAGUUGAAGAUACUGAACCUGUAGUUGAAGAUACUGAACCUCUAUUUGAAGAUACUGAACCUGUAGUUGAAGAUACUGAGCCUGUAGUUGAAGAUGAUAAACCUUUAGUUGAAGAUGAUAAACCUCUUGUUGAAGAUGCUGAACCUCUAGUUGAAUAUCCUGAACCUAUGGUUGAAGAUGCUCAACCUUUGGUUGAAGAUGCUGAACAUAUGGUUGAAGAUGCUGAACUUAUAGUUGAAGAUACUGAAUCUGCAGUUGAAGAUACUGAACCUGUAGUUGAAGAUACUGAACCCGUAGUUGAAGAUACUGAACCUGUAGUUGAAGAUGAUAAACCUCUUGCUGAAGAUGCUGAACCUCUAGUUGAAGAUGCUGAACCUCUAGUUGAAGAUGAUAAACCUAUAGUUGAAGAUGAUAAACCUAUAAUUGAAGAUGCUGAAUCUCUAGUUGAAGAUGAUACAUCUCGAGUUAAAAAAACUGAACUUCUAGCUGUAGAUGACAAACCUUUAGUUGAAGAUGCUGAACCUCCAGUGGAAGAUGCUGAACCCCUAGUUGAAGAUACUGAACCUAUGGUUCAAGACACCGAACCUAUUCUUGAAGAUGCUGAACCUCUAGUUGAAGAUUCUGAACCUCUUGUUGAAAAUGAUAAACCUUUAUUUGAAGAUGCUGAACCGUUAGUUGAAGAUGCUGAACCUUUUGUGGAAGAUGAUACAUCUCUAGUUGAAAAAACUGAAGCUCUAGAUGAAGAUGCUAAACAUUUAUUUGAAACUGCUGAACCUCUAGCUGGAGAUGCUGAACCUCUAGUUGAAGAUUCUGAAUCUCUUGUUGACGAUGAUCAACCUAUAGUUAAAGAAGCUGAACCUAUAUUUGAAGAUGCUGAACCUAUGGUUAAAGAUUCUGAACCUAUGGUUGACGAGGCUGAACCUCUAGUUGAAGCUGAUAAACCUCUAGUUGACGAUGCUGAACCUCUAGUUGAAGAUGCUGAACCUCUAGUUAAAGAUGCUGAACAUCUAGUUGAAGAGGCUGAACCUUUAGUUGAAGAUGCUGAACCUAUAGUUGAAGAUUCUAAACCUCUAGUUGAAGAUGAUACACAUCUAGAUGAAGAUGUUGAACCUCUUGUUGACGAUGAUCAAUCUCUAGUUGAAAGAACUGAACCUCUAGUUGAAAGUACUGAACCUAUUGUUGAAGAUGCUGUACCUCUAGUUGCAGAUGAUCAAUCUCUAGUUGAAGAUGAAAAACUUCUAGUUGUAGAUGAUCAACCUAUAGUUGAAGAUGAUAAACCUCUGGUUGAAGAUGAUCAACCACUGGUUGAAGAUGAUAAACCUCUGGUUGAGGAUGAUCAAUCUCUAGCUGAAGAUUACAAACCACUAGUUGUUGAUGAUAAUCCUCUAGUUGAAGAAACUGAACCUCUAGUUGAAUAUGAUAAACCACUAGUUGAAGAUACUGAACCUCUAGUUGAGGACCAUAAACCUCUAGUUGAGGAACCUCUGUUUGUAGAUGAUACACCUCUAGUUAAAGAUGCUGAAUCUAUGGUGGAAGAUGCUGAACCUCUAGUUGAAGAUACUGAACCUCUUGUUGAAGAUGCUGCACCUCUAGUUGAAGAUACUGAACCUCAAGUUGAAACUGAUAAACCUCUAGUUGUAGAUGCUGAACCUCUAGUUGAAGCCACUGAACCUGAAAACUAUAAACAUAGAGUUGACCAUAUUGAACUUCUAGUUAAAGAUGAUAAGCCUCUAGUUGAAGCCACUGAACCUGGAAACUAUAAACCUAGAGUUGACCAUAUUAAAGGUGCUAAGCCUAUUGUUGAAGACACUGAACCUCUAGUUGAAACUGAUAAACCUCUAGUUGGAGAUGCUGAACGUUUAGUUGAAGAUGCGGAACCUCAAGUUGAAGAUGAUAUACCUAUUGUUGAAGAUACUGAACCUCUAGUUGAAGAUGAUAAACCUCUAGUUGAAGAUGAUAGACCUCUAGUUAAAGAUGAUCAACCAUUAGUUGAAGAUAAUACACCUCUAGUUGAAGCUACUAAACCUGAAAACUAUGAACCUAGAGUUGACCAUGAUGAACCUCUAAUGGAGAAUAACGUGCCUCCAGCAGAAAAUACUGAUCUUCCAAUUGAAGAUUCUGAAGUUUCAGCUAAACCUGAAGUAAAAGAAUAUGAACCUCAAGAUGAAGAUAUUGAACCUGUAAUUAAAGAACUUUGUGAUUUGGAAAAUGGUUCUGUUAACAAAGAAGUUUUAGAAAGAUGUGAUUCUGAAGCAGAAAAACAUUUGAACAAAGAUAUCACUGGUUUGAAAUAUAUUUUAGAAAAAGAUUUUCAUUCUGGAGAUGAGAUUUCAAAGAAAAUUGUUGAUGUCCAAGAACCUAAUGCAUUAACAUCUUCAAUAGAAGCAAACGAAUCUUUGGACAACAAUCAAUUACUUGUCGAAGAACAAAUUCUAUCAGAUCAGGAACUGGAGAUGGUUCAAACUGAGAGAAUCAGGAAAGUAGAACCAGUCAAAGAUGUUCUAGACACAGAGCAGAUGGAAGACAUUGAAUAUUCAACAACAGAAAGCUAUUCUAUAAAAAUAGCUGAGAAUAGAGUUGAAGAUCAUCAUUUCAAAAUUUCUAAUAAAUGGGUUCAUGAUGACAGCAUAAUUAAUGAUGAUUGUAUGAAAGCUAAAGAAAAACUAGAAUACUGCUCAAUAGAAAACCUUAAUAUGAAAAAGUUUAUAUCAAUGACGGCAGAUCUUGAAAUAGUGGAAAAAAUUGAACUAAGCUCUGAUGAUGAUUGGGACAUGAAUGUUAAUACAAAAGAACAUGAUGAAAACUUUCCCUUUGGGAAUUCUGUGGAACAAAGGCUGACUUCAUCUGUGGGCUCACAUAACAAUAUUAAUACAACGUUUGAUCAAGAAGUACAGAAAUUGAAAAAUAUUGCAAGUUCUCCUCAAAACCUGAAUUCAACUUAUUAUGAAAGACCUGGUUCCUGUAGUGAGUCUGUACUAGAACCAUCAGUUCCUACCUGGAAUAGAAGGAUGAGUGAAGAGAAAAUAGUUCCUGCAGCUCCUCUGGCUGGUAGAUUCAAAAUAAGUCCUGUCUCUGAUUUCUCUAAACCCUCAUACUUAAAGAAGGAGAAAUCUGUUCACAAUAAAGAUUCCUCCACGGAUGAGAGUGAGGAUGAGAAUACAGUUCAUGUUUACAAGAUUGUUCAUGAUAACCUGGUAGAGCACAGGAACCUCAGACCUAUCUUGAAGAAACCAAACUCUAACAGCAGUUUCUGUUCUGGAGGGAGUCAAACAGAUAUAUCUGCAAUACAAUCAGUUUUGACUCGGAGUGAUGAUAAAUGGGAUCCCCAGGUUCUAUCCAAAUCCAAAUAUAGUUCAGAAUCCAACCUGGGGAGAAGGACGAUUCCACACUACUCCUCCUCCUCCUCCCUCCCUCCUCCUCUUACACCCAUCCUUCCUUCAGUACCUCGGGAACUCACGAAGAGUAAUUCUGUUACCUUUCUGCUUCACAACUCUAAGGAAGUAUUAAGACCUGAGAAGUGUGGUAGUGUGGAGAGUAUAUUCCAGGACAUAAAUUAUCUGAAAACGUUUAAGAAGAAAAUAUCAUCAUCUUCUACACAAGAAGAAACGACUGGAAGGUAUUCUUUACUGGACCGGAAUCUGACUGCUCUUAAAUCUUACAAAAUUCUAUUUUAUGAAAGGUAUUCUUUACUGGACCGGAAUCUGACUGCUCUUAAAUCUUAUAAAAUUCUAUUUUAUAAAAGGUAUUCUUUACUGGAUGAAUACCGAGCCUUUUUUUCAUUAAAACUAGUAGACCUAGCUCUAGUAGGACACAUGAACUCCUGCGAGGAGGAGGAUACGGAGAUAGAUUGUUCAAUUCUUCCCGGUUCAUCUCCGAUCCUCUCCAAUCUUUCUCAUCCGUCCCACCCUGCAAUCAAGCGAAUUGAUUACAGGAGUGAACUUGUUCCUGGCACUUCCAGGGAUGUUCAGUCAGAUAAUUCGGAUUCAGGUAACGAUACAGACGACCUUAUUGAAGAUGCUCGGAACUUUGUUAAACUCGGACAAACUAAACUUGUAACACUGGAUGACUGGGAGGAAAUUGACUUCAUGCGAAAGGAACGAAGGAGAACAAAGAAGGAACGGAGCAGAGUAGGAAGGGAUGGAUUCAAGGAUCAGGAACAGACGACAGCUGGAGAUAUUGAACUUAAAAACAGGACGCAAGAUAACUCAGAUCCAAGUAAUCCAACCCUUCCUCGAGCACUCUCCGACCUUGAGCUUGGCUCUGUUGUAAAACUUCUCUCUAGCUCAGGAAUUGGAGUUCUACUGGGAGUAGUCAGAGUGUGCUGGUCGAUCUGGUUUGACUGGCCGAACCGUGAUGGUCUCAAGGUCUACUGA